AUGGUCGUCGUUCUUCUUCAGAAUACAUCGCGGCUGCAAAGAUUUAUAAGAGAAGUCGCAAUUCAGUACAACCUCUGCAAUGAGCCCUGGAUCAAGUAUAAUAUCAGCAUUGUUGCUGACAAGGGACUAAAAAAGCCACUCUAUACAUCUGCCCGCUUGAAGAAGGGAGAGGUUCUGUAUCUGGAAACACACUCGCGCAGAUAUGAACUCUGUUUUGCCGGAGAAGAAAUGGUCAAAGCCAUACAAGCAACUCAGUUGCACAACCCUGAUAUAAAAAAUUCCCCAAAUCAUCAGUUGCACUCCACAAAUGGUAACAAAUCUGAUUCUGAUAAUGUCGUGGUUGACGUAUUUCGCUGGUCUCCUUGUAAGAAGGUUUUACCCAAGAGAUUGAUUGCGCACAGUUGCCAUCCCCCUGCAUCUUAA